AAAGUUACUAUAAUACAAUUAGGAAAGUUAGUAUAAUGUAAUUAGGGUUUAUGUUUAUUGAAUAUGUAUACCACACAAAGGGUAUACUCGUAUUUUCAUUUUAUUUGGUAACUAUAAAUACAAGACCAAUAGUGAGAGGUAGGUUAAGCCAAACCUCUCUUUGUCUUUCUCAUAUUGUGUUAAGCUCCUCCUUAAUCUUAACAGUUCCUAUUCUCCUUUUCCAUGAGAAGGGACUUGAAAAAAUAGUCUCAGUUUGUGGAUCUCAGAGUUUAGCUUCAUACUUCUGCUAGCAAGGCUCUUGGUAGAAUUUAACAAAUGUAUAUCAAUUCGAAUUCAUAAUAUGUUCAUUUGUUUGAAUAAGUUCUUCUAUGCUGCAGGCAAAACGAGAUCCUUACAGAUUUCGAUUUCCCAUUGAGAUGCGUUUCGUUGAUCCAAAUAUAGAUCACCUGGUCUUUAACAGGUUUGAUUUCCCACCAAUACUUCAUCGAGAUGAGGAUACCAAUCCAGAUGAAUUACGUCGUGAUUGUGAUCGACCUCCUCUUCCAAGAAAAGAUCAUGGCAUCAAAGUGGAAGAGGAACCUUUGCUAUCAAAUCACCCUUAUGUGGAUAAGCAACUUGAUGCAAUUCUCUUCCUUCUUCGGGGUGUGGGAUGUGCUGGGGAAAAGAGAAAUGUGAAACACAACUCAGGCAGAGAUAUUGAGUAG